AUGUGCUCUGACACAGGCUCCAGGUACACGGGCAUGCUGCUGUUGACCUUGGCCACUGCUGCCAUCAUCUCCAACCUUUUGCUGUACUUUCCCAAUGGACAGGUGCUGGAGCCUGCCAAGAUUACAGACUUGGUCUGGUUUUUCCACGGCUUUCUUGGAGCUGGACUCUUGGUUAUGGUGCCAGCACUAAUGCUGUUGAGAGGAGGUAGAGAGGGUUGCUAUGCUCACAAAUGUGGGCUGCUGUUCCCUGUGCUUCUGGCCAUCCAGGGCACUGUGGGGGCUGUGUACUGUGUGGUCAUUUCUUCACUGGGUUUGCUCAGUGGCCCCUUCUGUGACACAGGCAGUGGAAACUACACCUACCCUUUCAGGAACGACAGCCUAGAGGGCAAUUACUUAUUCAACCAGCCCACCUGGGCCAUCUGCCAAGAGCCUGAGCAUAUUGUCCUCUGGAAUGUGGUCUUGUUUUCCACCCUCCUGGGGAUCGGCGUGAUGGAAGCUGUACUCUGCCUUAGCCAAGUCGUCAGUGGACUCUGUGACGUUUAUUGUGAUACCUGCAUCCGAAAAGGACAGACACCAAAGUGCAAACAUUCUGUGGCCAAGGAAGUGGGCAGAGGAGCCACCACGCUGCCCUUGGGCGGGGCUCCAGCUCGUAAAGGGCUGGGUAAUGAGCGCCAUCAACGGCUUUUGGGGGCGGGAAGAGCACCAUCACGUUUGAAACGUGGUGCCAGCCAUAACGUGAUACAUGAUUAA